AUGGCAAGCAACAGUACAACCAGCUGGACGACUUCUACCCGUUUUUCAUCCACUUUCGAGGCUGAGACUAUUUACAAUACGAGCACGACGACGGGUUCUACAACGAGCACCACCUAUACGACAGGCUACACCACUGGUAGCAACAUUACUACUACUAUGACCACUCAAACUCACUUUACCACACUCACAGCAACUUUGAGCAACGCCACCUUCACCCGGACAACCACCUCAUCCAUCGCCUUCACCACUACCAACACCUUCACAGAUGGCAACACGACCAUGGCCACCACCACCAUCUUUGGAAAUGAGUCCGAGCCGUGGAAUGGCAGCGUCUACGUGUAUGGGAGCCUGAGCAUGCGUGUGGCUCUUGACUUGAACGGCACCUCAGCGACGGAGCUGGCCUCUGAUCAGGCCCUGCGCGGCCUUGUGCAGGGGGCCAUCAGCCGCAGUGCAGGUGUACGACAAGAACAGGUGGAGGUUCUACGCAUUGCCUUCCUGCCUGUCCGGCGCCUGACAUUCCGCCGUCUGGGCACACAGAGGAUGGCGCUUUCUGCUGACUUUCGCGUGGCCGUGCCAACCGCAUCGCCAGGAGACACCUCUGCAGCAGAGGACUUGCUUGCAAAUCUCGGCGAAGGCGCGACUGAAGCGAUCUCCCAGCAGCUGUCGGACCCGCAGCAAUGGCUUGAUGCACUCAAGGAUAGCGCCCAGCUUCAGAGCGUGAGGGUGGAAGAAGCCAGAGUUUCCAAUGCAAGAGUCAUUGUGUCACCCGGGCCCGGCGGUGGAAUCCUGGAGACCUUCACCAGCACGAUGCGCUUCUCCACUUCUGCCUCCACUGCAUCAACCACUAUGACCAGCACAAUGACCAGCACCACAUCCAGCGCCAAUGCCACAGGUGACAAUGCGACGAUUUUCGACAGCACCAUCGGCCCUGUGAUGUUGGAUGGGGUGAAAUGCGACCAGUCAUGGCUGCGAUUCCUGCCUUUGGUCUUCAGCUGUUUGGCCGCGCUUGCUGGCGGUUGGGCCCUGCGCAGCUCGGUGGAGGUCCUGGCGGACCCCGGCCGCCUGCUGUGUGAGAUGCCAUGGCUUCGAAGGCGGCGUCGCUGGUUGCAAGCGCAGGGCAGUGGCCAUGCGCCGCUGCUGGGGAGAAAGCCUGUGUUGCCGUGGAUUCCGCCGCUGUUCACCUGGACCUCCAGUCGGUCCGGCCGAUGGGCGCGCCGUGGUUCCAAAUCUUUGUCAUCAAGAUGGCAGGUGUGCCAGCACGGGCAGCUUUUGGUGCUGCAGCCCAUCACAGCGUCCGGCAAGGAGGACGGCGCUACGACGAUGUUGGUGACUUCUGCCUGGAACCAGUGGCAAGGAGAGGCCGAUGCCUCCCUGCAGCUGCGCUAUGCGGCGCCGACGCGGCUCUCGCUGCGGCGUCUUUGCGAUGUGGCGUCUCCAUACUGGAGCGACAGCAGCCCCCGGGAGGAGUGCAUUGAGCUGAAGAUGGACAUGACGCCGCUGAUCCGGCGCCUCCUUCAAGGCUUGGCCGUGCUGGAGGCGGCUGCUGCCGCCGCUUCGUGCGUGGCCUCGGGGAUCUCGGCGGUGCUGCUGGGCGCUGCGGUGCUAGUGGGCUGCGCGUCCAGUGCCGUGCCCCCGGGGUGCUUCCGCCUGAGUGCCGCGAUCUCGCCUUGGCUGCUUUGUACCGCCGCCCUGGUGUCUGCAGCACCUCUUUGCGCCGAGGCUGAGCCCAGCGUCGCGUUUUCCGCCUCGGGCGCAGCAGUGGGCAUGGUGGGCAGCAUGGCGACAACUGCAAGUCACGUUUUCGAGUCAGACUGCCUGGGAUUCUUCUUGGCCAAUGCUGUCUUCGUGCUGAUUGGUGUUGCCUGCACAAUCCUGGCACUCUUGGACAUGCGCUUCCAGCAGCAAGUUGACCACUCCUUUGUGCAGCCUGCGGGGUGGUGGGACCUGCUGUCAGCGCCACCAGAUGACGUAGUGUCUGCGGGGCGCUUGGCCGCUUUGCUCUUCAUGCUGGCGCAGUCGCUGCACCGCGCGCUGCUGGCGUUCUCCCUGCACCCCUUCAGCCAGCCGCUGCGGGCGCCCAGCCUGGCCAAGACGCUGCUGCAGAGGCCUCACAGCUCACCGGACCUCGAGUUGGAGGAUUCGCCGCUGCCAAAGCCUUUGCAGAUGUCGCCGCCACGGGCCAGUGCUGCACGGAGUGCGGUGCGUCAAGCCGCGCUGACUAGGGGUGCAGGCCAGCGCAGAAGGGUCGAUAUGGCGGUGGACACAGAUGAUGCUCCUCAAUGUACCGACAUGGAGGCAGUCAGCGAAAGCAGCGAUGGCCUUUGUGCCGGGGUCUUGCAGGUUAUUAUGGAAGCUGCGGACUGGCCGGCGAGCCACUGCUUGACGCCACACCGGGUGCGCAGCGGCGCUCCGCUGAUACAUUGGAAGCUGGUGCCGCGUGGGGGCUUGCAGCCCGAGAGCGAAGGUGAGGGCGAGGAUCAACCCCAGGCCUUGCGGGACCUGGCAGCUGCCAGUGGUGACAUCGCGCACCCGCAUGAGGACACGUCGGAAGAGGUGCUUGGGUCGCGAGAGGUGCUGGAAGGCAGCAUGCAAGGGCCCCAGGAGCCGCUCGUGGACCCGCGCGACCCGCCAGCUGGCCUUGAGGAUGCUUCCGGCUCCCAGGCACAGACGCAGGCGCCGAGGAUCGCGCCAGUGGCAGAGCCCGCAGGUGGGCCUAUGAUGGAUAUGGCUCUAGAGCAGCACCAUGAGGAGCCAGAGCAGAGCUUUCGCGGGGCUGAGCUCUCAUCCGGAUUAUGA